AUGGCAAAUUUGCUAAACAUGUUCUUUUCAAUAAUGCUUAUCGAAGUAUCUCUUUUAGCAUUGUUGAUGGGAAAUUCCAAAGCAACUCAUCGCUUUAUUGAUAUUAAGGAUCAUAUUGAUCACCAAGUUUCCUUACAAACGAGGAGUGUUCAUCGCAUUGCAAGAUUGAGUCCAGAAGGACCUAAUCCACACCACGACAAUUCCUUACAGCCAAAAAGUGAUCAUCACAUUGCAAAAUUGAGUCCAAGAGGUCCCGAUCCACAUCACCAUCUUUCCUUACAAACGAGGAAUGUUCAUCACAUUGCAAGAUUGAGUCCAGAAGGUCCAGAUCCACACCACCAUGUUUCCUUACCAACGGGGAAUGUUCAUCACAUUGAAAGAUUGAGUCCAGGAGGUCCAGAUUCACACCACCAUGAUUUCUUGCAAACUAGAAAUGUUCAUGAAAUUGCAAGAUUGAGUCCAGGAGGUCCUAAUCCACACCAUGACAAUUCCUUAAAUCCAACGAGUGUCGAUCACAUUGCAAAAUUGAGUCCAGGAGGUCCCGAUCCACAUCACCAUCUUUCCUUACAAACGAGGAAUGUUCAUCACAUUGCAAGAUUGAGUCCAGAAGGUCCAGAUCCACACCACCAUGUUUCCUUACAAACGGGAAUGUUCAUCGCAUUGAAAGAUUGA